AGACAAGUACCGUAAACUGAUACAUUCGUUGGAUAGCCUUCGACAAGUCUGUGACGUCUUCUAUCUUUGGUUUGUGGCUCGGAAGAUCAGCGUAUAGAUAAAAGUACCGACGAAUUCGAUAAGAAGUUUUGAACAGAAGCAAAAUCGAAUCAAAACUUUUGAUAUUGAACACUCUUUUUUCCAACACACAUGUCCAUCAAUGAGCUCAAUUGAAAAUCGAAAUCUGAAAAAGUCAUUGAUAAAACAGCAUCAGCAACAUCAACGGAUCAUCAUUGCCGGUUGACAAGCUGUGCACCAGGCGAGAAAAAAACCUCAACACAGACCGAAUGUGUUGCUGCACAAGAUUACAUCGCCAUCAGAUUCAUCUUAUAAGCUAUGGAAUCGUAUCAUGCGGGCUUAUCACUACGGGUUUAGUCUUCACUGUUUUUGCAAUUUUCCAAAAGGAAUCUCAAAUCGGAAAGGUAUGGCUUGCUGGACCUACUACAAUGGUUGUUGGCCUGGUGUUAGCAGGGAAAGUUGUCAUAGAUUGGGGACCAGCAAUGCUACAUGCACGGGAAGGAUCCAUAGAUUCUAGGUUAUUUGAUCAGUUACAUCAACCAGCUCCGAGUAGGUAUCCCGAACCGUUACGGCCACAGACGGUUAAUCAAAUGCGGAUAGAACACGAACCAAAGUGUAAUGGUUCUGGGUCGUCACCUGCCAGUUUUGUACAGUAUAACAACAACAACGCGCAGUCUCCAAUAGGAUAUCGACCUCCAAUGCAGUUUAUUCACAGCCCCGUUUCUGAAAAUGGGAUUCCUAGAAUGGUGCACACAGGAGGAAGAUUACCACGGAGUUCAAUAGGUUGUAUACCACCAAGGCAAGCUGAAAGACCAUCUCCAGAGCAAUGCUUGAUAUACUCACAAUACAACGCAUCGUUGAAUAAAUUACCGAACCACGACGAUCGAUAUUACGCUCUACCUCGACAUAUGAACAAUCACAAAAACUCAUCAUCACCACGUCGGAGUCCCCGACCUUCAAUAUAUAACACUUAUUCAAACUACUCAUCGAACCCAUCUAACCAUUCUGGCCAUUCCAAUCAUUCUGGAAACUCUCAUUCCGGAGAACAAUCCAUAGCAUUAAGUGAUACGUGCGAGUGCACACAGUAUGGCUCAAUGCGAAGGUUCACCCCACCAGUCUCAAAUCCUUCAUGUGCAAUUGGGAACGAUACACCGUACCAGGGAGAAUCAUUUGUGCUCAACGAACGGAGUUAUUUAAUAUGAGCAAUUAAACUAUACUAAUAACGUCUUUUUUUCUAGAAAUCAUUUUUUAAUCAUAACUGCACAUUCAUUUUUUAUGUUUGUCUAACUAACUGGGUCAAGUAUAAAACACUUUGUUCUUUCAA